ACUUCUUUACCUGGGCAGAUGUUGCAGUGCGAAGCGGUGCUAGCGAGUUCGCUAAAGUCGUACUUGAAUGUGGAUAACCCUGACUGGGGCUUUCCUUUUAAGAAGCUGGACCUCGAGAAGUCGACAACGAAUGCGCUGUCAACGGCGAAACCUGUGCCACUCAGUGAGAGUACCGCUGGUCACUGCUCCUUGUUGCCCAAGUGGUGCAAGGGAGAGAGUAAGCUGCUGUGGUUCACUACCACAAGGCUCCUCUGCGAUUUUUCACGCAAGGAAGAGAACGUUAGCGUGCUUCUCAUCUGCACCUCGAACUGCUACUUGCCCAUCUUUGAGGGAUGGGCCCUGCUGAUUCACGACACCCUCAGUGUCAUUUCUGAGUGCCCGAACACCAUCUCCUCUGAUAAUGCACAUAGGCGGAAAGUGCUUCAGUCAUACAUCCCGUAUGUCCUGGUCAAGCUGGGCAAGGAUCUCUCUAUGACAGAUGUCUUGUUUGGUGGGGCUGCCACUCUCAGUGCGCUCGCCAGCAGGAACGAUGAGAACUGUUAGUUCAUUGCCAAACACAACGGUGCUCAGAUGCUCAUCAAUACCUUCUACCAAGCCCAUCACAGGGAGGUGUGCUCAGGUUGACCCAAACACCUCGCUGCGCUCCAGCUCGGAUAA